GUGGGAGGAAGUGGAGCCAGCCGAGGCGAGUGCAGCGCAAUCCAGCAAAACUCGACAAAAACACAAACGAAAGCCGCCGUCACCGAAAGCUUCGAGCCGAGGAGGAGAGAAAGCCACCGAGGCAGCCUUCCUGCAAGCCAUCGCGUCGGUGUCAGGCCGCCUUCCGGACGGAGGCUCCGCCAGCACGCACGGAAGCGCUCGCGAGGAGCCCCCCGUAUCCCCUGUUGGCUUCCGCGCCCGCCCGCCCGACACGGCCUCGGUGCGGCCAUCCGCCCGUUUCUGCUCUUUCUCGCGGAAGAAAAGCGCUGCUCCCCGGCUGGCUAGCUGCCUGACCGGCCGCGGGCCCCUCUCCCCUUUCCCCGCCCGUGGCUUCUUCCUCGCCCCCCGCACUGGUUCCCACGGCGACGACGACGAGAGGAGGGGGCUCCCCUAAAGCCGAAACUCCGCGAGCCGCCGCCACGGAAGCCCCUGGGCCCGUUUAGCGCGGCCUCGGAAGCCAGCGACUCGUCCGUUUUUUGGGGAAGUGAAGCUGCUCGACUUCCCCUCCGGAGCGGCACACGUCAACCUGCCGGCUAGCUCGCUAGCCUAGCCCGUUAGCCACAGGGCUACCUCGUUGUUGUUUUUUUCCCCCCUCCCCGUUCAACUUUAUUGACAAUUUGUUGCUGGCUAAGGAACGUUGUUAGCAUUUAGCACCGGAGGACAUCAGCGGCAAGCGGCCUCGUCGUCUCCGCUCACAGUAGCUGAUCGUCGGGACUGGGACUUGGACUUGGAACGGGACUGGGAGUGGGAUCGCGCCUCGGCUGGCGUGCGUGCGCGCGCGCGAAUUGCGUGGAAUGCAAACGAAGCUGGUUGGUUUGUGUUUGCUCGCCAGGAGACAUUUGCAUUGCGACAAGAAUCUUGCGGACGCGGGCGAAAGAGCGAGCAGCGGCAUCCGGAGGACUCCUCUCCGCUGCAUGUGAAGGCUCCCGCUCGCUCGCUCGCUCGUCUUCGCGGGGAGGGGGACGUAGAUGCCGCAUCGAGCCGGGGGGAUCCCUCGGGGCGCUUAAUGGGAUUACGAGAUCACCGAUUGAACCUUUGCUGAAGCCAGCCAGCGGCACUAUGACACCGUGAGGCGGCGUCCGCACGCUCACUUUCGCACGCACGAAGGCAGAAGCCCCAUCACAGGCUGCUGCGGCACCACCACCAUCAGCGACCCGGGCGGUUGAUGGUGCUCCCAUCUGGCGUUGUUGGCGAACGAGCCUCGAGCGAGUGAAGAUGGCGGAUCUGGAGGCUGUGCUGGCCGAUGUCAGCUACUUGAUGGCGAUGGAGAAGAGCAAGUCGACUCCCGCCGCCAGGGCCAGCAAGAAGAUUAUCCUGCCGGAGCCCAGCAUCCGCAGCGUGAUGCAAAAAUAUCUGGAGGAGCGCGACGAGCUGGCCUUCGACAAGAUCUUCAACCAGAAGAUCGGCUUCCUGCUGUUUAAGGACUUUUGCCUGAACGAGAUCGACGAGGCGGUCCCGCAGCUCAAGUUCUACGAAGAAAUCAAAGACUACGAGAAGCUGGACUCUGAGGAGGAAAGACUCGGUCGCAGCCGGCAGAUCUACGACGGCUACAUCAUGAAGGAACUGCUGUCGUGUUCGCACCCUUUCUCCAAAAAAGCUGUGGACCACGUCCAGAGUCAUCUGGCCAAGAAGAUGGUGCCUCCUAGCCUCUUCCAGCCCUACAUCGUGGAGAUCUGCGACAGUCUGCGAGGGAAGAUCUUCCUGAAAUUCAUCGAAAGCGACAAGUUCACCCGUUUUUGCCAGUGGAAGAACGUGGAGCUCAACAUACAUCUGACCAUGAACGACUUCAGCGUUCACCGCAUCAUCGGACGCGGCGGCUUCGGCGAAGUUUACGGAUGCAGGAAAGCCGACACGGGAAAGAUGUACGCCAUGAAGUGUUUGGACAAGAAGCGCAUCAAAAUGAAGCAGGGUGAGACCUUGGCGCUGAACGAGAGGAUCAUGUUGUCGCUCGUCAGCACAGGGGACUGCCCGUUCAUCGUAUGCAUGACGUACGCCUUCCACACGCCUGACAAGCUCUGCUUCAUCCUCGACCUCAUGAACGGCGGCGACCUUCACUACCACUUGUCCCAACACGGAGUGUUCAGCGAGAAGGAAAUGCGUUUCUACGCCGCCGAGAUCGUGCUGGGCCUGGAGCACAUGCACAACCGCUUCGUGGUCUACCGUGACCUCAAGCCCGCCAACAUCCUGCUGGAUGAGCACGGGCACGUUCGCAUCUCUGACCUGGGACUGGCCUGCGACUUCUCCAAGAAGAAACCUCACGCCAGCGUGGGGACCCACGGCUACAUGGCCCCCGAGGUUCUGCAGAAGGGAACGGCCUACGACAGCAGCGCCGACUGGUUUUCGCUGGGCUGCAUGCUCUUUAAGCUGCUGCGAGGGCACAGCCCGUUCAGGCAGCACAAGACCAAAGACAAACACGAGAUCGACAGGAUGACGCUCACCAUGAACGUGGAGCUGCCCGACUCGUUCACCAGCGAACUGAAAGAACUUCUGGAAGGUCUCCUGCAGCGCGAUGUGGCCAAGCGGCUGGGUUGCCAGGGACGGGGAGCGUGCGAAGUCAAGGAGCACCCGUUCUUCAAGGGCAUGGACUGGCAGCAGGUCUACUUGCAGAAGUACUCGCCGCCGUUAAUCCCGCCCAGAGGGGAAGUAAACGCUGCCGACGCCUUUGACAUCGGUUCCUUUGACGAGGAGGACACCAAGGGCAUCAAGCUUCUGGACAGCGACCAGGAGCUGUACAAGAACUUCCCGCUGGUGAUUUCUGAGCGUUGGCAGCAGGAAGUGGCCGAGACGGUCUACGACGCCGUCAACUCGGACACGGACAAGAACGAGGCCCGUAAGAGGGCCAAGAACAAGCAGCUGGGACACGAGGAAGACUACGCCCUGGGCAAAGACUGCAUCAUGCACGGCUACAUGCUGAAGUUGGGAAAUCCCUUCCUGACGCAGUGGCAGAGGCGCUACUUCUACCUCUUCCCCAACCGAGUGGAGUGGAGGGGCGAGGGGGAAUCACGGGAAACGUGGCUGGCCAAACAUUUGACUCAGCUCAAGGACUCGCAAAACCUUCUGACCAUGGAGCAGAUCGUUUCUGUGGAGGAGACGCAAAUUAAAGACAAAAAGUGCAUCCUGCUGCGCAUCAAAGGAGGGAAACAGUUUGUGCUGCAGUGCGAGAGCGACCCCGAGUUGGUUCAGUGGAAAAAGGAGCUGACGGACGCCUUCAGCGAGGCGCAGAAGUUGUUGCGGCGCGCUCCCAAAGUCAUCGGCAAGAGUCGCACCGGCGGCGUGGUGGAGCUCUCCAAACCCCCCCUCACGCACCGCAACAGCAACGGCCUGUGAACGCACGCCACGUAUGCUACGCGUUCACGCACACACACAUGCACGCACACAUGCACUCACACACACACAUAAAUUAUGACCAAUGGUAGUUUUCGGGACCUCAGUGGAGCAUGUGAAGAACUUUGCAUGAACCCCCUGAGCACCCCCCGCCGUACCGAGGACCCCACCCCGAUCUCUCUUCCUCUCCCGAGUGCGUCAAGUGCCAACGCGGGCUCUUUAUCGAGGAGGUCCGAACAUUCCGCGCCGGAAAGGGGCGCAGACACCGGACGGACAGAUUCGCCUCCGACGGGCAAAUGGACUAAGAUGGCCCCUGGCAAAGGGGGCGUGGCGGGGGUUAGGGUUAGUGUGUAUAUAUAUAUAAAUAUAUAUAUAUAUUUGUGUUCAGUGUUUGCAUCCACAUCUGUACGGGGGAGCUAGAACGGGAAGCGGUCGUGGGAUACCGCACGCGGCGCCUCAUUUGGAGCGGGUCGGGAAUCCGGCCACUCGCAAGUUGAGCUCUCUGAAGGAGACGAGUUCCGUCGACAUGAGCCACGCUAACGCUAAGGACAACAUGCAGGAGAAACGCGUGCGCGAGAAAGCUCAUCCUAGAAUGAUAGGGAAAAGCCGAGGAAAUAGGGUUUAGAGGCGGGUGGGCGGAUGCGAUACUUGGCAAUGUUCCAGACAGAGUCGGAUGGUUAAAGUGACUCCAACAUUCCCAGAAGAUUCACAGAGCCUUCUAAUCUUUAAUUCUAUUCUAAAAACAUUCUAUGAUUUUCAACAUUCUAAGACUUUUAAGUAUGAUCUCCAAGGGUGCGACCACAAGAAAAACGUUCCCUCUAAAGUGUGGGGGGGAAAGGUUGGAUAGACGUUCCGGAUCGCUCGUCGCGAGAACAAUGGAGUCGUCGGCAUUAAAGCAUUCCUGAAGGAUAAUUAAAAUGAGGACGAUGUCAUUUUUUCUGAAAUUUUAAAGCAACAUUCUAAAACCCCUCUUAAGGAAGCCUGAGGUUUGCGAGAACCUUUUUCAGAAGAGUAAACGUCGUAGACUAAAACUACAUAAGAAGCAAACUGUUUUGCAAUAAAGGCAGUGUUCUGCAGGAUGGGUGGACAGAGAGAGUAGUUGUCAAGUCUUUGACCUUGGGUGUUCUAAUGUCGUUCUGUUCUGCGUCAUUCCAGAAUGAAAGUUGUUCAAAGUGCUUCUCGAACGCCUGGUGAGUUCAUGUCGGCGCUAGCGGUUGAGAGUUAACCGCGUUGCGUUUGCUUGAUAGCUUGUUUAGGGGUGGCGGUGGGUGAGGGAAAGGUCGUCUUUUUUUUUUUUUUUUUAAUGAAAUCAUUUUUAAGUUUGUGCACCUUUUUUAGCACCAUGUGCUAACUCGCGACACGCUAGUCUCAAUGUGCCAAACGAAGGGGCGGGGGCGGCGGCGGACGAGACUUUUCUCCCCAGGGAAGGGGAGAGAAACUGUGACCCGUUGAGACGCGGCCGGCCGCCCCGCCGCUCGCCACUUCCAGUUUCCGCCGUUCGGACGUCACGGCGACAAAAUCAAAUUGUAAGUCAAUCCGAGGAAGAAAUAUAUGUGUAUAAGAAAGCUUUAGGUUUAUUUAAAAGAUUUCAUGUAGAGAAAGAGCAGGGAAAAAAUGGGGGAAUUUUAUUGUGAUUUUCUUUCAAAUGUUUGUGGUGAACAAUCUUGCACAUAAAAAAAAAUUUCAAAAGAAAAGCUGUCUCCGCUCUCUUCAUUGGGACACGCUAUGCCUGAAGGAAGGAAACCCCAGCAAAAUAGAAAUGUUUUGGUUUUAUCUGAUUGCUUGCAGACAGAAACGCUAGCUCAAAUAAAGAGCUGCCCAAAUCACAUUUACCACCAAUACAGAAUAGAUUUUCCUAUGAUCACAUUCCUAUAUUUCCAGCUAUCGAUAUUCAAAUAGUGCGCCACGGUGCCCGAGUGGUUAGCACACUUGCCACAGUACUGAGAUCAAAGGUGUAAUCCCAUGCUCUGGCCUUCCUUCCUGUGUGGAGUUAGCAUGUUUUCCCCUGGGAAAUCAGAUUUGGUCCUACAUCCCAAAAACAUGCGUGGUAGGCUGAUUGAAAACUCCAAAUAGCGUACGGCACGCGACCUUUGCUCAUUAAUAUUCAUGACAUUAGCAACUGUUGCUAGGGGGGUCAAACUCGUUUGUCCCUCAUGCUAGAUGCAUAUAAAUGGUGUACAAACGAGAUGUUUACUGAGCUUAACCCACCAAUUCUGUCCGAAAAUGAUGUCCCUGGAGUGAAAUUAACUGGUAAAGAUGUGGAAGAACAUACAAAUGUUCAGUUAAAGAGAUGGCUUGAGUGUCGAGGGCUGAAAAAGAUGGGGAAAAUAGCCGACCUGAUCCAGAGGUAGCAUUUUUUUAUCGAUACCUUUUUCUUGUGUGCAUUGCAUUAGGCCACUGACAAUGACAUUCUCCUGUUUCAAGAAGCUAUCUUUUACCACCUUAUGCCCUGUCUUUCUUAUAUUUUAUGUCCUCUAGUUGUCUUACGUCUCUCUAUGACCGUUCUUGAAGGUAAUUUAUAUUGCUAUUUUGGUGUAGCGAUCGCAAAUGCUACUUGGUGACAGCCAACAAACACUUUUAAUUUUUUCAUUAAUUGCAAAUCUUAAUUCUAUUUAUUUACACUUCCCCCUUACUAAGGUUAUUUCUUUACAACUGUAAAGUUAAGCU